UCCCUCGCGCCCCGCACCGGCGAACCCUCCGCGCACGUGCGUGUGUCCGGCCCAGAGACCCGUCCGCGGCCACUCGCAACCAAAGCCGCCUGCGCUGCUCUGUCAGUUACCAUGGCAACAGCGGUGCUGACCGGGCCGGCUCCGGAAUGGCGACGAUCGAGUCUCCUCCGGUCGAGCCCGAGCACAGAUGCAACGACGACCCGGCCUCGCUGACAGCUCAUUCCACCGAUGAAAGCUGUCUACCAAGUCCAGCACCUUCAGAUCUGUUGAAGAUUGGCUUCUUUAAAACAGACCGUGCUACUCAAACUGAAGUCAGUGACAUAUUGGAACUGAAGGAACUAAGUACUGCAAUUGAGACACUAGGAAAGGAUAGAACAAUACUACAGAGAAACGUAGACAUUAACAUAUUAUCCCUACAAGCAGAUUACCAAAUGAAACUGGAAGAAAAAUGCACAUACCUCUAUAAAAGAAUGAAUGACCAAAAUUUUCAUCUUAAGAAAAAGUAUAUACAGAGAAUUGAUAUCCUUCGCAAUAGUUUCAGACAACAACUUACGAACGCAAUGUCAAAAAUCAAUGCUGAAUACAAGAAAUAUUGUAGAGAAUUGUGUGAAAGGAAUAAGAUGUCUAUAGAAUCCAGCAACACAACAUUACUCUUGCUCAAACAGAAGGAUUUAAUUAUUUUAUCUUUAAAAGAAAAAAUAUCAGAGUGUGAAAGCUCAGGACGGCUCAAUAUCGAUUUUGAUGGAAAAGACACUGACGAUCUUAUUAUAGUAAAUCAAGAACUGAGGAAUGAAGUUAACUCCCUGAGGCAGGAGACUGAAAAAAAGGCAAAAACCAUUAUUUUGAAAGAAAAUCAAAUAAAAGAAUUAGAAAAGGAAAUUGAAAUACUAAAACACAAAACUGACAACAUUGUCCACAGCAUGCAAAAGUUAGUUCAAUCUGAAACAAAUUUGAAGAGAGCAUUAGAUAAUGAAAUACAUAGAGGGAAACAAUUGUUGGAACUACAGAAAGCGAAAAUGGACAGUAUGUUCCGUAUCACCUUGCUGAAGAUGGAAGAAAGUGAACAGAGCUCAAAAAGUUAUCUAUCUCCAAAAGAAAAGGAAUCGGAAUUAAGUCAUCAGACGGGCGCCUCGUCUUCAAUAGAGAUAGAUUCUGCUACUGAGAAGAAAUUGGUAGUACAGGAAACUCAAUCUCUGGAUAGCGAACCUCUCAUGGAAGAGCUGAAAAAUCUCAGGAAGAAAUUCAAGGAGCAAAGAAAAAUUAUAGACGAUUAUAAUAAACAUGGAGAUCGAACAAAUCGAAUGUGGGAAAAGAAAUUUGCGAUACUGAAACAAAGUUAUCAUGCAAUAAAGGAUGAGAUGUUUCUGAGAUGUUCCUUGCAACGGCAAGCACCUAUGUUGCACCGUGCUUUUGCACGUUAUUCAGUAAUAGGAGAUCCUGGAGUUGAUUUUCGACCAAGCCAUAAUAUGUCUCCAUAUUUCACAUUGCCUGAAAUAGGGUCCCAAUCGGCACCGCAAACAGCACAAACAAAGCAUAAUAUGGACAGACCUCCUAGUGCUCCUAGUACUGUUAAUUUAAGCACUGAAGGAGAACAUCAACCUGUUGAUUCCAUGUCAACUCCAACAAAGCAAUUCCAUCGAUCACCUGAUAAUCUAUGUUAAUGAAAACAGAAGUGGCGGAAACCCAAGUCACACAUCAGCAGACGAGGAUGUGUUGAUAAAUUGGCUAGAUUUGUAAUUGAGAGACAUACAUGUCCUUUGCUAAGCCUAAAAUGUCAAGUUAAACUAUGAAUGUCGUCCAAAAUUCACAAUACAACUAGCAUGAACAAUAAAGGUGCUGAAAUAAACAUUCAGUUAU